UUUUGUUUUUGAUUUUCUCGUGGUUCGAUACGAAAACCAGGCACUACGCCUGAUAUCGCACCAUUUGGGCCCUUAUUGUAACUUAUAUAGUUUAGUUUAGUUUUGAAUAGUUUUAAAAUUGAACGAAUUAAUUUUGAAUUUGAUGUAGUUUGUGGAUUAGUUUAUUUUGGGUAAUUUAAUUUGAUUUAUUCUGUAACACAUUAAGGGUCACCAAUAAAUAAACUUAUAUUGAUGUUUCUAAUUUUUUCCCUGGAGGAGUUUUGACUUUUAUCCAUGUGAUCAUUUCUUUCCAUUUCAUCUCUUCCACAAUCCCUGUACAUUUCUUUGCCUCAUUUUAUGUGCUUUGCUUACAAUCUUGGCAACGGCCAUUUUCAUGUGUUCAAGUAUGAAAACACCCAGUGAUUAAUAUAUCUUAAUUUAAUUGAAUUAAUCCCAAUAUCUUUGAAAUUACUUGUAAUAAUCAAAUCAAUUUUUGUCAUUUUACGUUUUGAUGACUCUUACGAUAAUACGCAUACGCCAUAAAAUCGUCAGAUGUUAUUCCAUCAGGAUCGGGCCAUUUCUUUUUGUUGAUGCUGUUAUCCAUUAGUAUACUAGGCUUAGCCACUAUACGAUUUCAUGUUUAGUAAAUAUCUUUUGUAUCUGGUGCAUAAAAGUUUCAUCAUGGAGGACUUUUUUAAGUUUUAGUCUCUUCACUGCUAAAUGAGGUUGAAUCGUUAUCUGCUUUUCUUAAUUGAUGUCGAAUAAAAAAGAUGCUACGUCAGCAUUAUUCUAGCUUAUGUUGGUUUAAUGAUGAUACUUUACGAUCUAAUACAAAUUUUGAAAUUGAUGGUAACAAGUUGCUCUAAGUGGAUAAUCACUACCAAGAAAUAGAAUAGAUAGGACUUCGCCUUGAAAUAAUUUUAUGACCAUUUUUUUUUUAAUUUUGAUAUUAAAAACGGUGCAAUGAAGUUGAAAAAGUUAGACCAUGAAAAUAUCUGUCCAUGUUACUAUUUAACACCUUUAGAACGGAAAUAUAAAAAUUAAAUAAAAUUAUUUGCUCAUAUUGAUGAAAAUCUUUAUCAAAUUUCACCGGUUUCGAAGUUGUUAAUUAAUUCUAAUAUGAUACAUGUUAAGCGAGCACAAAAAUAAACAUAGAUACGAAACCUAAAGGUAUUACUAUCCAGUAAAUUAUAAUUAAUUCUUUCAUGAUUUACUCCUGAAGAUGUGGUGAUAUCAACCUCGAAACCGGUUGAUUUAAAAAAAAUUAAAUCGAAAGCUUGGUAAUAAAAAUUACUUCAUAAUUAUGAUGAAUUAAGAAAUAUAAAUAUGUUUUUAAUCGAAUUUGAUCGUUUUAUUAUCAAUUGGUUACUAAAAUAACUACAUUGACAUUGAUUUUGUAAUUUCAGACACACCUCAAAGUAUACAAUCGCGUGACAUCAAAAGGUUUUUCAUCAAUUGAUGUCCAGUAACCUUUUUCCUAUCAUUAUACAGGAAAUGAACUAAAAAAAUAGCUUUGUUAUAUAGAAAGACAUUAUUUUCUAUUUUUCCCGAUUUUUUAUUACUAAUUUUUUUAUAAUACAUUUUUCAAGAUUCAAAAUUUAUUGACUCAUUCACUAAAAUAUUCAUUAGGGAGGACUAAAAAAAGUAAAAAAAGUCACUUUAUAAACAAAUCCAUUAAAUUUGCAAGUCACGCAAAACGUCUCCUUACUACAUGAAAAAUCAAUUUCCCAUUUUCGCGAUUAAAACCAUUCCACUCCUUUUCCCGUUCACAACCAAACCUUAUUACCCUUAAUAUCUCAAAAUCAAAAUAGAUAUAACCACACCUAUAAUCAUCUUUAUCUCACACCAUUUAUGGAAAAUAAAUCAUUCCUAAAACAUUACGCCUUUAUAAUCGAUCCGAUAUCAUUAAUACGUCAUCGUUCCGUAAACGGUUUCGAACGGACGUGUUUCGAUUCGAGUUUGGCCCCCGCGUGUCUGUAUUUGCUUGUACUAUAUGAUAAUAAUGCGACGAAGGUUUUGUUGUGAGUGUCUCAUCGAGUUUCGUUCGCCGAUAUUUCUUUGCGGUGAAGACUCCGUUGACGAAAGGUCAUGGUUUUAUCAGUUUCGAUCAAAUGAUUUUAAAAGAUUAUUUGUUAUUGACAAAAAUGUAUUGGUUAAAACGCUGAGAUGAUUGUUUCAAAAUAUUUUUUGUUGAUGCAAUAAUUUGAGGAAAAUUUUAAGAAAAUGAGGAGAGAAGAUAGCGAAGAAAUUGAUAGAAGAGAUCGAAAUGUUUAUGUUAACACAAUAACAGGUUCAAAUAUAAUGAAUAAUGGUGUUAAGGAAAGUCAACAAUAUUUGGUUGAUAUUAGCACAAAAAAAUCUAUUUUUAAACGAAAAGGGUUUUAUAGAAACGUCUCCAUAACUUUAUUAAUCGUAAUUAUUUUAUUAAUUAUUGCUUUAAUAGUAAUAACAACUUGUUAUGUAAAAACUGCGAAAUAUUACUCGAUGUCGAUUUGUACAUCAGGAGAUUGUUUAAGAUCAGCAUCAAAUUUACGUCUAUCUAUGGAUUUAUCCGUGGAUCCUUGCGAAGAUUUUUAUAAUUACACCUGUGGAAAAUGGACUGAAGAACACAUAAAUCACGGGUGGUAUUCAAGAUUUUCAACGUUCGAAACGAUAAAUGAACGAGUUAUAGUUUCAACGUUAAAUUUUUUAAACUCAAACGAAUCUAAAUCGGAACCACUCCCGGUUAAACAAAGCAGGGAUCUUUAUAAAUCCUGUAUGAAUUUAGAAUCAAUUAAUAAAUUGGGGUAUUCGGUUAUUUUUAAAUACUUAAAAUUGAUCGAAUUACCGAGUGUACCAAAAAUUUUUAAUGCAACCGAACAAGAAGUCGAUUCGUAUCAAUUUGAUUGGAUUAAAGCCGAUGUUAAUAGCAAAAAAAUGUUUGCUACAGAUCUUUUUGUACAAUUUUUAGUUGACGCCGAUAUAUUUAAUCGGAGCCAAAAUGUUAUGUUUCUAGGAUCAUCAAGAGCUACAUCACCAUUACCAAGCCCGUUUAAAAAAUCUAAUUACAAAAAGAAUAAAUCAAAACAAGAUGAUAAAACUAAAAACGAAGAUGAAGAUGAAACCUAUGAAAAAACAUAUAAAAAUGUUGCAAAAGUUGUAAUGAGAAUUAUUGUUGGGAAUGUUACGAAAGCUCCUGAUGAAAAAAGCUUACAAAAAAUCGUUGAUCUUUUAUGGAACGUAACUGAAACUUUAUCAGAUCUUGCCGGUGAUGAUGACGAUUAUGAAUCGGAUGAAGAGGAAUACUACGAUUUCAAAAAGAUGAAAAUUUCUGAACUCCAAAACUUAACAACGACUUAUUUAAAACGAAAUAAUUUAGAUUUACCACAUACGAGAAACAUUUGGGAAAAUUAUAUAAAAUUAUUAUACAAGGAUCUCCCAGAGAUUAAAUUAGAUUUAAAUGGAAACGAUUUAAUUCAUUUUUUACCAUCAGAAUUGGAUUAUUUGAUAAACGUCGUACUUUUCUUAACAGAAUCUCCCGGAGUUGCAAUAGAAUUGUAUGCUUGGUAUCAAGCUGUUUAUAGUAUGAUUAUUAACACAACGACAGAAAUCGUUAAUUUUAUUUAUAACCAGGUUUAUGAAGGAAAAACAACGUCAGUUUUAAGAACAAGAUCAAUGAGUUGCGCAGAUAAUGUUGUUUUAAAAUUUAUGGGAGUUGCUGUAAGUUAUGGAAUUGUUGACAAAUCAUUUCUAAAUGCGACUAAACCAAAAGUGGAAACAAUGCUUAAGAACAUAAAGGAUGCUUUUGUCGAGAGGGUUAAAAAAAUUACAUGGAUGGAUGAUGAAACUAAAGAUGCAACGUUGGAGAAAAGCUCUGAAAUGGUGAGCUUCAUAGGAUUUCCUGAAUGGUUAUUAAACAAAACGGCUUUGGAAAUUUAUUAUGAUGGGAUUAUAAUAAAAAAUGAUACUUAUUUAGAAAAUAUGAUUUCUGUUAUACGAGAAUAUGUUCGUUUUACGUUAGGAGAUAUAAGAAGAGAAAACCCGAGAACUUGGAGAACUGAUCCAAUUACAGUUAAUGCUUACAAUUACUUUGGAGAUAACUCAAUUAAUGUUCCUAUAGCAAUAUUAUCUUUUCCAAUUUAUCAUCUUGGAUUGGAAGUAUUAAAUUAUGGUGCCAUGGGAAGUGUUUUAGGUCAUGAAUUAACACAUGGCUUUGAUAAUACAGGACGAAAAUUUGAUAAAUACGGAAAUUACAUUCAAUGGUGGAGUAAUGAAACCAUUGAAACAUUCGAAACUAAAACGAAAUGUUUUGUGGAACAAUACAAUAAUUACACUUUGCCAAAUAUCGACGAUAGCGUUAACGGAAAAAUGACUUUAGGUGAAAAUUUAGCCGAUAACGGGGGACUUAAUCAUGCUUUUUUAGCUUAUAAGAAUUACGUGAAGAAAAAUGGAAAGGAAAAGUUAUUACCCGGUUUCGAAAAUUAUAGUCAUGAACAAUUAUUUUUUAUAGCAUAUGCUAAUGUUUAUUGUGAAACACCAACUCGAGAAUCUUUAGUGUCUCAAUUAAAAACUGACGAACAUAGUCCAAAUUCCGUAAGAGUAAUAGGAACCUUGCAUAAUUCUGACGAUUUUGUAAAAGCAUUCAAGUGUCCUCGAGGUUCAAAAAUGAACCCGAAAAAAGAAAAAUGUAGAAUAUGGUGAUUUAAAAUGUCAGAUAAUUAUUUAGUGUGAUAGUUGUGUGAUAUUAAAGAACACGUGUGAUAUUCAUUGUUAGAAUGUUUUUUUUCACGUUUGUUAAAAUGAAAUAUAAAAAAUAAGUAAAAACGA